AUGAAGAUAUCAAUUUUUGUUAUAUCUAUUAUCAUAAUAAGUGGAACUGAAUGUAUAUCAAAACGAUAAUCUUGUUAAAACCUUUUAACUAAAAAGUAAUGUGAAAAUACUGAUAAUCCUUAUUCAAAAUGCUAAUGGUAUGAAUCAUGUUAAAACUCUUAAUAUUAAUCUUGUUACUAAUAUAUAAAUUAAAUGGAGUGUUAAAAAUCUCCUAAAUAUAAUUAUGUAUGUUAUUGGCAAAAUGGAGCAUGCUUAAAAAAAAUAUAGUAUUAAAAAUAAUAUUGUAAAAAGAAUAGAUGGAGGCAAAAUAUGUGAAGAUAUCGAUAAUUAUUCUAAUUGUAGUUUUUAAAGAGGAAGAACAUUAUUAUGUGCAUGGAGACAUGGUCGUUGUUAAACUAUAUAGAAAUGUUCUUAAAUUACAGACUUUCUAUAAUGUAGAAAUUCUUAUACAAGAGAUAGGUAUUCAAAAUAUGAUUAUAUAAAGAUGCUAAUUUGUGAUUAAUAAUGUAGCUUCUAAUUAAGAGAAAGAGUUUUUGUAUAUUACAGACUUUUUUAAUUUUAACACUUGUAGAAAUUAAGAUUGUUUAUUUAAUACAAUUUAAGGUUGUCCUACAUUUAUAAAUGGCAGAAGAUGUUUUUUAUAAGCAGGAAAAUGCACUUAAUGUUCUUAUUAAACUAAUCCAAUGGAUUGUAUAGCCACAAAAAAAUGUACUUGGUAAAAUUAGGAGUGUUAGAAUAUUAUGUAAAUUCAUUUUCUUAUUAUUUUAGAUGUAGUUAAAUUCAAAGUAAAAGAUUGUGUAAUGAAUUUCAUUACUGUCGAUAUGACUAUACUACAGAACUAUGUUAAAUCAAUAACCAAAACUAUUAGAAUCAUUGUUAUAAUUAUGAUAUUAGUUCUGAUCCCAUUUUAACUAAAUAGGAUAGUUUUUUUGGUUUAUGA